UAUGAGGUGAUUAUCCUGCUUGGUAUUUGAUACUGGGAAUAUUUAUGUGAUCGAUUACCAAUAUCUUUUAGAGAAACGCUUAAAACAAAACAUGGUUCGAACUGUGACAUGCGCCUUGGGGACACUUCUUAUUUUCCUAACAUGGAAUUGUGGCGUCUUGUCCACUAAGGUGUCCUUCUCCAACUUCUCCGUGGGCAACGAGGUGCGCUCCAGCUUCAUCCACCGCCGACUGAGGAGCCAGGAGCGCAAGGACAUGCAGCGGGAGAUCCUCUCCAUCCUGGGGCUGCCUCAUCGCCCGCGACCCACGCAAGUCCACACGAGGCUCAACGCUGCCCCGUUGUUCAUGCUGGACCUGUACAAUACUGCCUCGAUUGACGCGCCGCAGACGAGAUAUUCCAGCUACAAUCCCCAUUUGCUCCCUCAGGCUUCCAACACGGUGACCCUGCAGGACAGUCGUUUCCUGGAUGAUGCUGACAUGGUGAUGAGUUUUGUCAAUCUCAUUGCUCGGGAUCAAGAACUUCUAUACAAGAAGCACCAAAAGGAAUUUAGAUUUGAUCUUUCCCGUAUCCCAGAGGGAGAGGCUGUCACGGCGGCAGAGUUGAGGAUUUUUAAGGAUUUCACCCAGGAACGCUUUGAGAAUGAAACGGUCCGAAUCAGCCUCUACCAGGUCUUGCAGGAGGCUGCAGACAGUGAAGUGGAGCUGGUGCUGUUGGAACAGCGAGAGGUGUGGGUUGCAGAGCAGGGCUGGCUCAUCUUUGACCUGACUGCCACUAGUAAUCUUUGGCUGGCCAACCCAGAGCACAACCGUGGCCUGCAUCUGGUCCUGGAAGAUAACCAUGGUUAUAGGCGGACGCCCCGACUGUCCGGGCUGUUAACAGGCAGCGGAGCACGAGAAAAGCAGCCCUUCCUGGUUGCCUUCUUCAAAUCCAAUGAGGUUCGCUUUCGUAACAUCCGCUCCGCCCACAGCCACAGGGGGCGCCAUUCGAACCGCUCAAAACCACAGAAGACUGUCCAAGAUGCACUGAAGGCAGUCGAGGCCGCAACAGAUCUCGGCAUAUCUAAGGAUGGAUGUAAGAAACAUGAGUUGUAUGUCAGUUUCAGAGAUUUGGGAUGGCAGGACUGGAUCAUCGCACCAGAGGGCUAUGCAGCGUACUACUGCGAGGGGGAGUGCGCCUUCCCGCUCAACUCCUACAUGAAUGCCACGAACCACGCUAUUGUGCAAACUCUGGUGCACUUUAUCAACCCGGGAACCGUGCCGAAACCUUGCUGUGCUCCCACGCAGCUCCACGGGAUCUCCGUGCUCUACUUUGAUGACAGCUCCAACGUCAUCCUAAAGAAGUACCGCAACAUGGUGGUCAGAGCCUGUGGCUGUCACUGACCGCUAAUCAUGCAUUAUACAGUAUGAGCUCAUUUCUGAGAGAUGUUCCAAAUAAAAAAAAUACAAAAAAAUAUGGAGGAAGCGGUUGAACCAGAGAAAAGAAAUGAUUUACUGCCUGUCACAGAGUAGGCUUUUAUCUCUGGGACUCUAUUUAUGACCAGCAGCUGAGCAAAGUGUUUUUUUUCCCCCUACUGCUUAUUUGUGUGUUCUUCAGUGCAACUCGGAAAUAUGCACUAAAAUCAAUCCGAGCAGAGAUACUUGAACUGGUUCAAACGGCAUUUAUCACUGUUAGGAUCAGAUACUGUCUAUUUUAGUUGUGACCUUUCACCCUCAGAUCAGAUCAUGCCUGCAUGAAAGCAAAGGUUUGUCCGAGACUGUUCGGCAGGCCAGCUCGACCAAGUCAGGUGUAGUAGCUGUUCGCAACGUGUCUGCUGAUGUGACGAAUGGCUGCUGACACAAGUCUGUCGAUAAAAAUGUGUGGGCUUAAAAGACCUGAAUGAUGGGUCUAGUUCCUUGGUGUAAAUUUUAGGGCGGUCUAUCGAUUAAUUUUAAAAAUCAGAUGAAUCACACUUGUGAAUUUUGACGAAUCGUGAUUAAUCACAGGUGCCACUCAUAAUACCACAUUUUGCUUUGAGAUGGUAUUUUAAACCUGUUGUGCUUUGAUGUAAACAGAGUUCAGUGCUGCACUAGAUGUGAUUGACAUUUGUUUUAUGGAAAGUCCCAUCAGGGUGACUUUUGAAGCAAAAUUUGCACACCAGUUGGGGUGACUGGUGUGCUCCUCCCUCAUCUUUGCACAGGUGUAAGCAUUGACCAUCAUGACCACUGACCUUAUAGCAACCUGUGCCUUCCUCCUUGUACCUCCAGAUUCAGAUUCGCGGUUAAGGUAAAGGACCGCGUGCGGUCAAAAGACAUUGUUUUAUUAAGUUAAUUCAUGAUUAAUGUGAUAGUUUUGUGAUUAAUCAAUUGCAUUAACACUAUAACUUUGACAGCCCUAGUAAAUUUACAUCAGCUUAUAAAACGGUGUCAGUGAUUCAUGCUAAUGAAUUUUCACAUUAUGUUUUGCACUGUCUCCUGUUCUGCAGAAAGCUACUCAUCCGUUUUUUCCAUUGUCACAUUUACUUAGAAGCCUAAUAAAGUGAAAUGUCACAAGAAAAUGCAUAGAA